AUGGCUUUUCGGGCAAACUCUGGAACACUCCGGAGAUGGGGCCUGGGGUCCCGAUCCCGGUGGGUGGGGAGUGUUCGUGGAUUGGCGACUGUGACGGAUGCCGCGCGAGGAUAUGAUGUCGUGGUCAUCGGCGGCGGACAUGCCGGAGCGGAAGCCUGCGCGGCGGCGGCGCGCUCCGGCGCACGAACGGCGUUGAUCACCCCCUCGCGCUCGAACAUCGGCGUGUGCUCGUGCAAUCCGAGUUUCGGCGGUAUUGGCAAGGGGACGAUGAUCCGCGAGGUGGACGCGAUGGACGGCGUGGCCGGCCGCACCAUCGACAAGGCCGGAGUGAUGUUCCGGACGCUGAACCGCUCCAAGGGUCCCGCCGUUUGGGGCCCGCGCGCGCAGAUCGAUCGCGAUCUCUACAAGAAGUAUAUGCUGGAGGAGCUGAGUUCCACCGAGGGGCUGAGUAUUGUGGAGGGCAAGGUGGGCGAUAUUGUGGUGUCGAAGGAGGGCGUGGAGGAUCUGCCGGGGGCGCAGGGCAAGAUUGUCGGGGUGCGGCUGGAGUCCGGCGAGGUGAUCUCCACGAGUCGCGUGGUGAUCACGACGGGCACGUUCUUGGGCGGGGAGAUUCAUAUUGGGCUUGAAGCGUAUCCUUCGGGGCGGAUGGGCGAGGCGGCGACGUUUGGGCUGAGCAAGUCCCUCCGUGAGGCUGGGUUUCAGCUCGGUCGCUUGAAGACGGGGACGCCGCCGCGGUUGGAUCGGAAGACGAUCGACUUUGCGCCGUUGGAGGUCCAGGAGGGCGACCAUCCGCCCCAGCCUUUCUCCUAUCUGAAUGAUGCUGUGCAGGUUGGCGAUGAGGGCCAACUCAACUGCUGGAUGACGUACACUAAUGAAGCCGUGCAUGAUAUCGUGCGGGCCAACCUCGACAAGACUAUACACAUUCGCGAGACGGUCAAGGGUCCGCGGUACUGUCCCUCGUUGGAGUCUAAGAUCAUCCGCUUCGGACACAAGGACAGGCACAUGAUCUGGCUCGAGCCUGAAGGAUUUGCGCCCAACGAUGUCAUCUACCCCAACGGUAUCUCGAUGACUAUCCCCGCCGACGCGCAGUAUGCCAUGCUCCGCAAGAUUCAUGGACUGGAGAACGUGAUCAUGCUGCAACCUGGCUACGGAGUGGAAUACGACUACAUCGACCCGCGCAACCUGUGGCCGACGCUGGAAACCAAACUCAUUAGCGGGCUGUAUCUGGCCGGCCAGAUCAACGGGACGACGGGAUACGAGGAAGCUGCCGGUCAGGGUAUCAUUGCUGGCACGAACGCCGGCCUGUCCGCGCAGGGCCGCAAGCCGCUCACCCUGCGCCGCUCCGACGGGUUCAUCGGCAUCAUGAUCGACGACCUGAUCACCAAGGGCGUCUCCGAGCCCUACCGCAUGUUCACGACGCGCAGCGAGUACCGCAUCUCGACGCGCGCGGACAACGCCGAUCUGCGCCUCACGCGCAUGGCCCGCGAGGCCGGCGUGGUCUCCGACACCCGCUGGCGCCAGUUCACCGAGACGGAGGCGCAGAUCCAGGAGCUGCAGACCCUGCUCACCAACACCCGGCUGUCGUCCUCCGCCUGGGCCCGACUCGGCUUCCCGUCCCGCAUCGACGGGUCUGUCCGCUCCGCCAUGGAUCUUCUGUGCCUUCAGGAGACGGGUAUUGACUCGCUGAUCCCCCACAUCGAGUCCCCGACGGGCACCGUCUACAAUGCGAACUCGUUCGCACCGGAGAUCCGGUCCCGUGUCGCCAUCGAGGGUCGGUACGCGCCCCACGUCGCGCGCCAGGAGGCUGCGGCCCGCAAGGCCCUGCAGGACGAGAAUCUGCUUCUCCCGCCGGACAUGAACUACAAGGCGGUCCAUGGUCUCAGCGCGGGCGAGGUCGAGGUCCUGACUCGCAUCCGCCCGGUGAGCGUGGGGAUGGCGCGGCGACUGGAGGGCGUGACUCCUGCGGGGGUGCUGAGGGUUCUGAUGUAUGUGCAUCGGUCCGGGACGGUGGGUCGCACGCCUGUGGCGGCGGAGGGGCUGGAGGAGACGCCUGAGGAUGUCCUGACGCAGGCUCCUUAA